AAACCUACGAAUAUAAAAGGACCAUCACACAGUAAUUCCGGACAAAUAAUCAAAAUGUUCAAGUUGCUUCUACUCAGUUGCCUACUGUUGGGGUUCUUCCACUCCUCCAAAUCUCAGUGUGCUACCCCUAGUCCUACAACGGCUAGCGGGACACACGCACCAACCAGCGAAAUAUGCUCUGGCGAUCUCAUCUUCGAAGACAAUUUCGACGAUUUUAAUUUGCAAAAAUGGAACCACGAAAUUACAGUCGGCGGAGGUGGCAACUGGGAAUUCGAAUGGUACACAAACAGCAGAUACAACAGCUACGUUGAUGGAGGAUAUCUGUUCCUGAAGCCAACUCUCGUAGCCGACGAAAACGGCGAAGAUUUCUUGUGGUCUGGUCACUUGGACAUCAACGGAGGUUCCCCAGCUGACGAGUGUACGAAUCCCCAAUGGUACGGUUGUAUCAGAGAUGGUAGCGAAGCCAGUUAUUUGAACCCAAUCAAAAGCGCUCGCAUUCGCACAGUUUACUCCUUUAACUUCAAGUAUGGUAAAGUCGAAGUCAGGGCUAAAUUGCCCGGCGGUGAUUGGUUGUGGCCUGCUAUUUGGAUGUUGCCAAGGUGGAACCAAUACUCCACAUGGCCGGUUUCUGGAGAAAUCGACAUUAUGGAAAGCCGUGGCAACCGCGAGCUCGUCAACGCCUCUGGCGUCAAUAUUGGUACCCAGUUGGUGGGCUCCACCCUCCACUGGGGUCCAGCAUGGAAUAUCAACAUGUAUCAGUUGACACACGUCGAAAAACAAAAUCCCGCUGGUUUUGACACGGAUUGGCAUAACUAUCAGUUGCUCUGGGACGAGAGCAGUCUUCAGUUCUCCAUAGAUGAUGAGGUCUUGGCCCGAUAUGAACCACCAGCGGGUGGGUUCUGGGAAUGGGGUAAUCUUGAUUCUUCCGGUUUUGAUAAUCCAUGGAAGAGGAGCAAUUCGAAACUGGCGCCUUUCGACCAGGAGUAUUAUAUUCUUCUGAAUUUGGCUGUCGGUGGCAUAGCUUAUUUCCCUGACGAUGGCACUAAUCCUGGUGGCAAACCGUGGUUGAACACUUCUCCUACUGCUUCAACAGAUUUCUGGAAGGGUAAAGACCAGUGGCUGCCCACUUGGCAACUGGAAACUGAUAAUGCUGCCUUCCAAGUUGACUAUGUGAGAGUGUGGGCUUUGUAAUCGUUUCAUACUAUGUAAAAUAGUAGCAAAAUACAUAGCGUUUAGUAUAUAAAAAAAAAUGUUGUUUACUGUUUUAGUAUUUUAGGAAUAAAAUAAAACAAUCCAGAUUGAAAAAUGUAACGAUUCAAAUAAGUAAUACUCACCUCUUAACGUUACUAUAUAAUAA